AUUUAUUAAUUGAUUUCUAUAGAAGAUUUGCAGUUGGUUAGGAAUUAAAAAAAGUCAUGGCGUGUACAAAACUGUCUAAUGGACUGCAACUUUUAAGUCGUAAUUCGACUAGCCGUGCUCUUAGUUCUUCAGUAGUUAAUUCAUGGCGCAACUACAGCAACUCACGCGGUGAUUUAGAAACUUCCACUCACACUGGACAGGUCUUUGACAAAGAUGAUUAUCGCAAUGUUCGGUUUGUUAAUGCCAAACGAUAUGUUAAUGAAAAUUGGGGUAUUAAGUUGAUCGAUGAAAUACCUCCAAUUGAAGUCACAGAUCGUGUUGUUUAUUGUGAUGGUGGUGAUGCAAACUUGGGUCAUCCUAAAAUUUACAUAAAUUUGGAUAAACCGGGACCACAAAUUUGCGGCUAUUGUGGCCUUAGAUUCGUAAAGAAAGAUGGACACCACCAUUAAACUAUUGUUAUUGGAAAAAGAUGAGUAUAAAAAUAAUUUACGUGAGAUAAUUGUUAAUUUGAAUUAUCUCGGAAUAAAUAAAUAAAGAUAAAACAAA